UCAACGGGAAUCGCAUUGCAUUGUACCUCCUCUCAAUAAUACCCGAACAGAUUUUUUCUCUAUAUUAUGGAAGCGAACUUGUGAAGGAAUCAUUCAUUCAUAUCUCAAACCAGAGAAAUGGAAGCUCAUCUCCACCUUUAUGAGUUGAUGUUCUCUGCUGCCAAGCCCAUGGCUCUAAAAGCUGCUGUGUUGCUUAACAUUCCGCAAAUUAUGGCUACACAUGGCAGAGAAAAUCCACUCUGUGUGGAUGACAUUGCUGAACAUAUUUCUGCUUCGACAAAAAGCAAGGCUGUUCACAAGGAAUACUUGUUUAGGAUUCUGAGGCUCCUGACUUCUUGUGGGGUCUUCACUGACGAAGCAGACGAGGAAACCAAGCAAAUGAAAUAUGGGUUGAACAGCGUUUCCAAGUUGCUUGUGAAGGAAGAAAACAGAGAUUCCCGUGGGCCAACUCUGAUGUUGGCAGUAGACAAAACGUACAUGGAUACUCAGCACCAUUUGCAUGAUGCUGUUCUGGAAGGGUGUAAUCCCUUUGUCAAAGUCUAUGGCAUAAGCCCCUGGGAAUAUGUGGGUUCAAAUGCUGAAGCCAACAAGCUUUUUAACGAGGCCAUGGCCUGCGAUACAAAAGAUGUCAUGGCUUCUGUGGUGAAGAUGUAUGAUGGGUUCAGGAGUGUUAGGAGUGUGGUUGAUGUAGGUGGAGGAGUGGGCUCUGCAUUGUCUGUUAUACUUGCUCAACAUUCACAAAUACAGGGCAUUAACUUUGACCUGCCCCAUGUCAUUGCAACUGCUCCUCCCAUACCUGGGGUGAAGCAUAUUGGUGGAAACAUGUUUGAUCAAAUUCCUUGUGCAAAUAUAGCUUUCAUGAAGUGGAUUUUACAUGAUUGGGAUGAUGAUUGUUGUGUGGAAAUUUUGAAGAAGAGCUAUGAAGCAAUACCAGAGGACGGGAAGGUCCUAAUUGUUGAUGCACUCAUUGAUGGUUCUCAUGGAGAAUUGAAUCGGCUAGGAUUAUUGUUUGACAUAUAUAUGAUGAUAUAUUCUAUGGGUGGAAAGGAGAGAAAUGAGGAAGAAUUCAACCAACUAUUUUUCAAAGCUGGAUUUAAGAGCUACAAAAUCAUGAAGCUACCUUUUCUCCAAGUACUUAUAGAAAUAUCUAAAUCAUAAUCAUACCCCAAUAUCAUAAUAAUGUAAUUUUAUUUGAAAUUAUGUUAACUUGAAACAUUAUAUGA